GCGUGAGCAACCAGAAGUUGCACAUUUUGAUUGUCAGGCCAAUCGACCGAAGAUACUUAGAAGGGAGGCAGAAGGAGAUUGAGAAGGACGCUGACAGACAGGAAUACGAUCAAUUGACUGAACUGGCGGAUCGUGGGGCUCACGUGGCGGUCAUUGGAGCUGGCUUUGUGGGUGUGGAGUUUGCUACUGAGCUUAAGCACUACUUUCCUUCUCUACAGAUUAGCUUGGCCAGCCGAAGUGAAUGUUGCUGUCCUACAAUGCCCAAGAGUGCUAGAAGCUACAUCCAGAAGUAUCUAGACAAACACAAUAUCACGAAGCUUGUUGAAUAUCCCAACGAAGAUGCUGCAGCCAACACCCUUUGGACACGCUUUGGCCGGCCCUGUCCAGAGCGCGUCUUCAAGAGCAUGGGCAUGAGACCGACAUUGCAGAUUGCGAAUGGUUCUGAGGUGCCGGGGGUGGAUCCUUUGCCGAAGAAUUCAUUCCCAGCAGAAGAGAUGGCGGCGCAUGUGGCCAGAAACAUUCGCCGAUCUGCGAGGGGCAAAAAGAUGAAGCCCUUUUAUUGGCCAUUGCUAGCUGGAGUCUCCGCCACAAGUCUAGGACCAAAGGAUGGCGUUUUGCUUUUGCAGAGAAACAUCUCCAGCGGGGGCAUGGUGGCCCUUCGAGGAAGAGCUGUGGUGUGGGUGAAAGAGAUCAUUCGAUGGACCAAAGUCGUGGCUUGGCUUCGCUUUGCUUCUUGCUUUCAAAUUUUGUCAAUAUCACUUGGCUAA